AUGUUAGUGGAGUUGGGUUUUCCUGAGUAUAUCAAGGUGACUGAUUUGGGUUGUUCCUCCGGUCCAAACACGUUCUUGGCCAUGUCCGGAAUCGUCAACACCAUCAUAGAUUUGUACCAUCAGAAAGGUAGAACUGACUUACCAGAAAUCGAUUAUUUUCUAAACGAUCUUCCAGAAAACGACUUCAACACGACCUUCAAGUUGCUCCCUUCGUUCCAAAAGGGUCUAAAAACAAUCCUCAAAGGAAGGUGCUUCAUGUCAGGAACCCCAGGAUCGUUUUACUCGAGGCUUUUCCCAAAAAAGUCUCUCCAUUUUGUUCAUUUAUCAUAUAGUAUUCAUUGGCUCUCUAAGGUUCCUCAAGGGCUUAAGGAGGAUGAUAACAAGAAGAGUGUGUUUCUAAAUAGUUCAAGCACUCAAAAAGUAUACAAGAGUUACUUGGACCAGUUCCAAACCGAUUUCUCCUUGUUUCUGAAAAUGCGUUCAGAGGAGAUAAUGCCUAAUGGACGUAUGGUUCUUGUUUUCAUGGGUAGACAAGCUUCUGAUCCUAUGUACAGAGAUUGUUUCCACCCACAUGUGGGACUAGUGAAGGAAUCAGAGGUGGAUGCAUUCAACAUGCCGUUCUAUGAUCCAACCAAAGGAGAGGUGAAAGAUGUUAUUGAAAGCGAAGGAUCCUUUGAGAUCAAUAAGAUAGAGACACGUGAAUUUGCUGUUCAUUACGCAAGUGGUGAAGAUGUUGUCGACGAAUCAUCAGAUCAGUUCAAACAGUGGCAAAAUAUCGCAAACAUCAUAAUUAAGAAGUACGCAAUCCACGUUGCCAAGCAUUUGACAGUUUCAGUUCGCCCCACCAAAACGACAGUCAACAUCGUCGUUUCGAAAGGUCCUCACUGGUUGUGA